AUGUUGGGAGAGGGCCACAAGAAUUCCGGGGUGCGGGGUCCGGCUUCUGGUUCCGUGCAUUCGGUCGGCGGGUCGAAUCGGUUUUUUGUCCGGCGACGGGGACGCGGCGCGGGGGUUUUGCAAAGUUGGAUAAGGGGGUACAGGGGGGGGGGGGGGGGGGGGGGGGCAAGUGAAUUUUGGGGGGGGGGGGGGAAGGAUGGUGGAACUGAAACGAUUAAAGGGAUCAAAAACGGGGGGGGGGGGGGGGGUGUGGAGCAGGGGGUGCUACGUGCAGGUAUGCAGAUAUGCACGGGGGGAUCCGGGGGUCAAAACCUGUUUAAUCCAAAUCGGCGGGGCGGCACCCACUCCCAUCUGUGCGCGGUAGGCCAAGAGCAUCAAACGAUCAUCAAGAACCUUACUGUAUUGAUGAAAAAGGGGGGGGGGGGGGGGGGGGGGUAA